AAUUUUUUUAAUAAAUUAAAUUAUAAUAUUAAAAAAUUAUAAUUUAAUUACAAAUAUAUGGUAGAGCUCACUCGGCAACCCCCGAUACUUCUCGCGUGGCUCGGGAGCAUUCUGUUCUCUCUUCUUGCGUCUCACACCACAACGCACUUUUGCUGUCCUGUGCCUAUCCGCCUCUUCCGUCAAACGAUGCCUGGGGAUGAGCGUCGGCAGCCAUCGCCGCCGAGAGAUGAGGUGGUUACAUCCUCUGAGGGCGACGAGGAGUGGUUGUGGUCACAGAUAAAAGCUGAGGUGCGACGUGACGCCGAGUCGGAGCCUGCUCUAGCUAGCUAUCUCUACUCCACGAUCCUCUCUCACUCGUCGCUGGAGCGGUCGCUCUCCUUCCAUCUCGGCAACAAACUUUGCUCCUCGACGCUCCUCUCAACCCUCCUUUAUGAUCUGUUCCUCAAUACCUUCUCCUCUGACCCUUCCCUUCGUGCCGCCGCCGUCGCCGAUCUCCGCGCAGCUCGCACAAGGGAUCCUGCUUGUGUUUCCUUCUCUCAUUGCCUGCUUAAUUACAAGGGAUUCUUGGCUUGCCAGGCUCAUCGAGUAGCUCACAAACUGUGGACACAAUCCCGCCGGCCUCUGGCGCUAGCGUUGCAUUCCCGUGUCUCCGAUGUGUUCGCCGUUGAUAUCCACCCGGCAGCAAAGAUCGGGAAAGGGGUUUUGUUCGACCACGCAACCGGCGUGGUAAUCGGUGAGACGGCGGUGAUAGGCAACAACGUCUCAAUUCUGCACCACGUUACUCUCGGUGGAACUGGGAAAGCGAGCGGGGAUCGGCAUCCUAAGAUUGGGGAUGGGGUACUAAUCGGAGCUGGGGCAACCAUAUUGGGAAACGUGAAGAUUGGGGAAGGAGCAAAAAUUGGGGCAGGGUCAGUGGUGCUGAUAGAUGUACCGCCGCGAACCACCGCAGUGGGAAACCCGGCUAGGCUAGUUGGAGGGAAGGAAACGCCGUCUAGGCAUGAAGAGUGUCCUGGGGAGUCCAUGGAUCAUACUUCCUUCAUCUCUGAGUGGUCUGAUUAUAUUAUUUGAUCACAAAUUUUGUUAGACUUUAGCAUAUUACAUUUUCGUUGUUUUUAAUUUGAGGGUUUUUGUUGUAUCUAUAUGUGCAUACAUCUAAUGCUGGUCUGAACCGUCUGAUGUUAGGAUUUUUGCUGCAGCAUUAGAUGCAAUUUUAGCAAAAGGAUAGGGUAGUGCAGUAUGAUGCAAUUGAGAUUAUUAAAGAAUACAACACUUU